AUGGACCUCGACGGGAGCGGCACCAUCGAGUUCGACGAGUUCGUCGCCGUGCUGCUCACGUACUGCAUGUACAGCAAGGACGACAUCCUCCGGUUCUGCUUCGACACCUACGACCGGGACCACUCCAACUCCAUCGACGAGCAGGAGUUCAUGGCCCUCCUGUCGUCCGUGAACAACGGCACGCCCAUGUUCCCGGGCAACUUCACGACGGUGCUCCAGAACUUCGACAGCAACGACGACGGCAUCAUCGACUUCCAGGAGUUC